CACAAACACAUCCUGCCUUUCCAGUUAGGCGCGCUGCCUUGGAGAGGGGGAUGGGGUGAUGGUGGGCUGUUCCCGGAGCAGGUGGUCGCCCUUAUUUGGGCACAGCCCCACUCACGUGACCAGAAAAUGGCGGAAGCCACUGGGCGCCUGCGAGCUCAGCAUCUCCCGAGGUGGAGGAAGAGGAGGAGGCUGGGAGCAGGAAGUAGGCAACGGGAGCUGCUUCUUCUUCCCGGCAGCGGUCCUCCUGGCAUCACAGAUCAAAAUGAACUCAGAGGGGAGUGACAGUCGACCUGUGCCGCCCACCUCGUUGCCCCUCCAAGGAGGCGGCACUCAGCGGAAGAAACUGUCGGCCCCCCGCAUCAGCCUCUCGCUGGACCAGAGCGAGGACGACUUGGGCGAGACACCUGACGACCUUGACAUCAACGUCGAUGACCUCGACACUCCGGAUGAGGGCGAUUACCUGGACUACACGGACCACGAGAUGGACUGGGACGAUCCCAAAGCGGAGAGCCGGGGUCGUAUGAGCGAGUCGUACGAACCCAUCCCGACGUACGGCGCCGAGGACGAGCGUCAGGAUAUCAAGCUGUGGCGGACGGUGGUCAUCGGCGAGCAAGAGCAUCGCAUCAACAUGAAGAUCAUCGAGCCCUACAUGCGAGUCAUCUCCCACGGAGGGUAUUACAGCAAUGGCGUGAAUGCCAUCAUCGUGUUUGCCGCUUGUUUCCUGCCAGACAGUGACCGAGACGACUACCACGACAUCAUGGAGAACCUUUUCCUCUACGUGAUUAGCACUUUGGAGCUGAUGGUGGCAGAGGACUACAUGAUCGUGUACCUCAACGGGGCCACGCCCCACAGAAGAAUGCCCGGCCUGGGUUGGCUGAAGAAGUGCUACCAGAUGAUUGACAGAAGGCUCAGGAAGAACUUGAAGUCGUUCAUCAUCCUGCACCCGUCGUGGUUUAUCAGGACCAUCCUGGCCAUCACGAAGCCAUUCAUCAGCACCAAAUUCAGCAGCAAGAUCAAGUACGUGAGCAGCUUGGACGAGCUGCAGGAGCUCAUCCCCAUGGACAGUGUCCACAUCCCAGAGUGCAUCAUUAGACUGGACCAAGAACUCAAAGAAGCCGGAGAGAAUUCCAAAGUGAAUAGUUUUCUGCUUGGAAACGAGCCAACACGCAGAGAAAACGAGGCAGGUUCCAGCGCUCCUUAAACUUGGAAAUCAACGUGUGUGUGUGUGUGUGUGUGUGUACUUCUUCUUAUGACAACACAACUUGAAUGAGUUGGACUGGUACACGUACCCAGCAGGCGGUCACCGGUGAGUGCGCGCGUGCGGGUGCGCGCAUGGAGUGAUGUCAUCCACUUGUGCACGAGACAGGAAGUGAAGCAAUAAUAAUGUCCCACUGCUCCCACAUAUCAGUAUUUCAGAGUAAGACGUGUGCUUUCAAAGUAAAAGGCUUCAGGUGUGCUUCACCACUGUCACAAGUGGACUUGAAUGCGUGAUGGUAGGCGCAUGCUGGAUACUUCAUUGGGUACACGGGACUUGCCUAAUAAUGACGUCAAUUUAUCAUAAAUAUCAGAGAUGUUUUAUCAUAAAAAAUGGUGCAGUAUAUUAAAAAAAACUUUUAACACAGAAUAUUAAAAAAAUAAAUAAAAAUACAUGAGAAAGUUUCCAAUAUUUUAUUUUAAAAAAUCCAUUGCUUUUUAUUUUUAAAAAUAUCAGAGCUGUUUGUACUGUUAGGGUUGUCUCAUUAAGCUACAGAUCUAAAAUAUUAGAAAUAAAAUAUUUGAAGCAAACUCCAUCCAUUUUUAAUAAAUAUCUGUUGUCCCCAAUGAAGUGUCCGUCCUCUUAGAGAUGAUUUUAGCUUCACAAAGUCAAUCAAUAAUGACAACGAGCACGUCCUAAUGACGAGUGGUCACGUAAAGACAAAUCAAAUCUUGAUGACGAAUAAGCACAACCUGUCUUAUGAUCGUGUGUGUGUGUUUGUGUGUGCGCGUGCCUUUUGUGCAUAGCCGUGCAUGUAGCCUUCGAGUCACACAAACGCACUUGUUGUUCAAUAAACCAUAGACUCGUGUCUGA